AUGGUGCGCUUCCAACAUUUUGAGGUUGAGCGGUGGAUGGAGGCUUAUGAAUUUACUCCUGGGGUUCUAAACAUUGCUGAGACAUGCGUUGAAUCCGUCUCCAUCGACCAGCUGGCCCAGCUAUCCGGAGACAAGGGUGAGCUUCCCCCACGAACCAGCACUGUGCUCAUAUAUGGAGCCAUUCGCGGGUCAUCGACGUUGAGGGAAACCAUCUCGACUCUCUACGAAGGGGAGCAGAUAGCACCCGAGAAUGUUAUCAUCACUCAGGGCGCCAUAGCGGCCAACUUUCUGGCAUUCUAUAGCUUGAUCGAACCCGAAGACCAUGUCAUUUGCGUGUACCCGACGUAUCAGCAGCUCUACUCAGUGCCCGAGAGCCUUGGAGCAGAGGUUUCGCUUUGGCGCUUGAAGCCUGAGCAGGGCUUUGUACCUGACAUGGAUGAGCUGGAGAAGCUCGCCAAAGCAAACACAAAGAUGAUUGUCAUUAACAACCCCAACAAUCCUACCGGGGUGCCCAUCCCCAGAGAUGUCGUUUAUAAAAUUGUGGACUUUGCCAAGGCCAGGGGGAUCAUGAUCCUGUCUGACGAGGUCUAUCGCCCGUUAUUUCACGAUGGAUUGGAAGACAACGCAGACAUGCCUCCAUCGGUGGCAGACCUGGGCUAUGACAAGGCCAUUGUCACCGGGUCUCUGUCCAAAGCAUACUCUCUAGGCGGCAUCCGGGUGGGCUGGAUUGCGUCAGGCGACAAGGCCAUUGUCGAGAGACUGGUUGAGGCGCGGCACUACGUGACAAUCAGCGUGUCGCAGCUAGACGACCAGGUGGCAAGCUAUGCGCUUUCCCCGGCCGUGCGCGGCGCGCUGAUGAAGCGGAACAUCCAGCAGGCAAAGCACAACGCCGACAUGCUCAAGGCGUUUGUGGAGGCGCAUUCUUCGGUCUGCUCGUGGGUGGCGCCAACCGCGGGAACGACGGCAUUCAUCCAGUUCCAUGUGGGCGGCAAGCCGGUGGAUGAUGUCGCCUUUUGCCGCGACGUCCUGGACAAGACCAAAGUGCUCCUCGUGCCCGGAUCUCGCUGCUUUGGACAUGAUCAGGACUUUGCAGGCUACGUUCGAGUCGGCUUUGUUGGAUCUACGGCCGUGUUGGAAGAAGCGCUGCAGAAGCUGGGGGUUUAUGUCCGGCAGCAUCUGGGCCAAUGA